ACCGAGCAGGGCCCGCCGGGUCGCUUUUGCACCGAGGACCUUAGAAGCUAAUGCACAAGGACACUAGCACUACUGCAAUAGCUCCGUUGCGACCCGUCAGGGCCUGCCUGGAUACCUAACUUGGCACCAGAGUUCACCAUCCGUUGUCCCGUCCUCUCUUUCUAUGCACAUCGAUAUUUUCAGGCGUGCUUAAGCUGCAAUGAUAGUCAUGCUGGUAGUCUAGACAGAGACUAGGUUUCAGCAGCGGAGUCGCGUAGUGCCAGGACAUGGUGGCCGUGACGCCGCAUAGUGGCACAGACUCGCCAUCGGCGCACGCGGGAACAAAGGGGCGCGCAAGAUACGAUGAGGCGUCUUUGCAGCGCUUGGAAACGGCCUCAUCACACGAUGGCUCUGUGCGGAGCCGUGCGGGGGAGGUCGCUCCAAAGCAGGCAUGGACGGGCCAUGCACCGGACAAGGCAAUGGCCCGCUAUCACGCAACAAUGCACCGCUCCGUGGCCGCUGCCGCCGCAAACGCCGCGCUCGCGCAGGACCGCAGCCAUAUGGGCAGUCGAGGGGGCGGCUACGGCUCCGUUCACGGCGGCGGCUCGACGCACAGCGGCGGCGGCUCCCAUCACGGCAGCGGCGGCGGUGGCUCCCGGCACGGCGGUGGCGGUGGCGGUGGCGGGGCCGGGGGCGGGGGCUCGCGCCACGGCGGCCCCUGGGGGCUGCUUGGAAGAGGGGGCACUGGCGCCGGAGACCAGGACGCACGCACAUGGUCUCAGUGGUGGCGGGACCUGUGGCUGCAGCUGCUGAUCCACCCCGGCAGCAUCCGGUACCAGCGGUGGUUCUACUUCAGCGUCACAGUGUCGCUUCUGGCGGGUUGGCUGGAGCCGUAUCACAUGGCGUUUGGCGGCCGCACCCGCCUCAAGGACGCGCCCUUGGGCUUCUGGGCCAUUUCCGAGUACAUGGCUGUCAUUGUGUUUACGGCGGACCUGGUCGCCAAGUUCUUCGUGGCCUUCUUCGACGGCGACACAGGCAUGCUGGUCACCUCGCCGGCACGCAUCGCACGCAGCUACGUCUUCAGUCUCAAGUUCGUGUUCGACCUGGUGUCGGCGGUGCCAUUGGACUGGCUGGUGCUAGACCCCAUGAUGGCGGCGGGGGUGUCGCCGCAGCAGGUGGCGGGCGCCAGCUUCAUCAAGAUGAUACAGCUGGUCCGGCUGUACCGGCUGUUUGAGUUCUUCCACCUGCUGGACUACAGCCUGGCCCUGAGCCAGGGCGCACUCAUGGUGGUGCGCAACACCACAUACGUCUUCUACGUCACACACUGGGCGGCGUGCAUGUUCUACCUGAUUGCCCAGGUGGAGGGCCUCAGCGACGACUCCUGGGUGGGCCGCAACGCGGAGCGCUUCGAGGGCGCGCCCGCAGUGGACCAAUACCUUCUGUCGCUGUACUUCAGCGUCAGCGCCUUCACGGGCCUGGGCGAUGGCUCCCUGUACGCGGGCACGGUGCCGGAGUCGGCGUUCAUGAUUGUUUACCUGCUGUUCAACCUGUUUCUGGGCGCCUACAUUCUGGGCACGGUCACCAUGCUGGUGGUGAAGGGCGACGAGCGCAGCAAGCAGUUCCGAGAGCGCAUGUACACUCUGGCUGACUUCAGCAAGACCAACGAGCUGCCGCAGAGCCUCCACUCCGCCAUGAAGGAGCAUUUGGAUGUGACAUUCCAUGCCGAGCACGCCAGCGAUGAGCAGGUCCUGGCCAUCUACCCCACCACCAUCCGCCGCAAGGUGCUUCGCCACCUGUACCUGCAGCCGGUCAAGGGCUGCUACCUGUUUAAGGGCUGCAAGCAGAGGUUUCUGGACGCCUUCCUCACAGCCGCGCGAGUGGAGCUGUUUAUGCCGGGGGUGCAGAUUCUGACGCCUGGCGACAACGUGAGCGAGCUGCUGCUGAUUGUGUCCGGCGAGGUGGCGGUGGCGCAACACCGACUCAACAUUGCAGCUGCUUACGGAGCCUUCGCAGCCUCCGCAGGCGGCGCCAGCGCACAGGAGGACGCAUCCUCACACCACACCACCACCACGCACUACGCCGCAGCCACCGCCAGCGCUGCGCAUCAGCUGAAACAUGGCGGGCUGCUCCCGAGGGCGGACGCAGGGCACCGGCCGUUCACGGCUGUCGGCGACAGCGCCCAUCAGCCCGCCGCUGGCGGCUCGCGCCAUCGUGUUAGCGUCCUUCCAAGCGGGGUUGUGGGCAUGGCAGCAGACGCAUCCACGCACAGCAGUGCAUUUGGGUACGGCAGCACCGCCAGCGGGGUGACCCACGACGCAAGCACGCGCAGCGGCUACGGCGGCGGCGACGGGGGCCGCCGCAUUCCGGGCAGCGCCUUUUUCAGCUUCAUCAGUAACGGGCUGGACGGUUGGACUCAUAAGGGCCAUGCCAAUGGCGGCGGCGGCGGAUCUGGAGGCCAGGAGCUUGUACGGCCGCAGACGCAGCAGGGCGGUCCUGCAGGUGGAGCCCGUUCGCUGCGCUUCCCGCCCCCCGCCGCCACCGCGCCCCUCCCCGCCACCGGAAACCCUCCAACCGGGACCGCCGCGCCUGGUGGCGGCCGUGUGGGCUCGGCGGUGAGCAACGGCGGCGCCCCAGACUCCUCGACGCACGGCUCCUCCGUGCACAGCGGUGUUGCGGCAUUUGACGACGGCGGCAAUGUGCAGCUGCGCAGCGCUGGCUCGCCAAUGGCUGAAGUGCCCUACUUCACAGACGUGCCCAGCCACGAGGGCGUCACGAGCACCACGGUGGUCCGCGCCCUCAGCCUGCCCAAGGCCGCAUGGGAGCUGCUGGUGGAGCAGUUCCCGGCGCAGGCCCGCAUCGUGCUGGAGAACUUGCAGGCGCGGCACGAGGGCGAGAUGUACACGGCGCUGCACAAUGCCGCGCUGCACAGCCAGCUGACGGCGGAGCAGCUGGGCACGGCGGUGGCGCUGAUCAAGGCCAAGGACGGCCUGGACAGCGUGGACCCGCAGCUGGUGGCGGAGACACGAGCUGCGCUGACGCAGUCUCAGAUGGACCAGCUCAUCCGCCUGGACGACGUGCGGGCGCUGGUGCGGGCGCACGUGCGCAAGGUGGACCAGAUGAGGACCUACCGCUUCCUGCAGCAGGCGUCAGGGGGUGAUGCAGAGACCCUGCGCUCCAUGCUCAACCAAGGCAUGAGCCCCAACGCGGCGGACUACGAUGGGCGCACCGGGCUCAUGCUGGCGGCGGCGUCCGGACACGAGGAGGUCGUACGGCUAUUGUUGGACCACGGAGCCAAAGCCGACCAGCAGGAUCGCUUUGGCAACAGUGCCAUGUUUGAGGCGGUCAAGGCCGGUCAUGACAAAGUGAUUGACCUGCUGCUGGGCUACGGUGCAUCAAUCGGUAUGGACGGGCUCUCCGUCGCGGGCACCAUGUGCACCGCCGUGUUCGAGGGAGACCUUGUCAAGCUGCAGCGGCUGCUCAAGGCGGGCGCGCCGCCGGAUGCCUGCGACUACGACAAGCGCUGCGCGCUGCACAUCGCCGGCGCCGAGGGCAACCUGGCUGCGGUCAAGCUGCUGGUGGAGGAGGGCGGCGCGGACCCCGGCUUCCAGGACCGCUGGGGCAACACGGCGCUGGACGAGGCGCGGCGUGUGGGCGCCGCACCUGUGGUGGCGUACCUGGAGCGGCUGAUGUCGGCAGAUGGCCGGGCUGCGGCGGACGAGCGCUGGCGCCGCACCGCCAAGCGGGAUUUCCUGUCCGCCGCCGCCACCGGGGACACGGAGCGCCUGGCAAGGCUGCUGGGCGGCGGCGCGCCGCCGCCGUGUGCGCACACGGCGCUGCUCAUGGCAGCCAGCGAGGGACGCGCGGACGUCAUCACGGCGCUGGCGCGCUGGAGUGGCGGCGGCGUCGUCGCACGUGCCGGCGGCCUCGCGCUGCUGGAGGCGGCGGACAUGGGCCACGUGGGCGCAGUGCGGGCGUUACGCCGCGUGGGAGCGCACCUGUUACAGCCGCAGGCGCCGCAGACAACCGGCGCGGCUGCUAAAGCUUUUGUGGAAGAUGGUGCUGGUGCUACAGCCACGCCCGGUGUGGGUCAGGGUCAGCUGCAGGCGUUGCUGUACGGCGCCGUGACGCGCGGUGACCUGAGGGUCGUGGCGGCGCUGCUGGAGGCGGGCGUGCGCGUGCCGGAUGCUGCUACUGCCGUCUCGAGCGGCAGUAGCACCAGCGUUGAAAGCAGCACCGGCAGUAGCGGCGGCGUCAGGGUGGACACGGUACUGCAUGUGGCCGCAAGCAGUGGUGAUCUGGAGCUUGUACGGCUGCUUGUGGAGGUGGGCGGGGCGCCGGCAGCGGCGACCAACGCAGACGGCGCCAGUGCCGCCGCACUGGCGACGGCAGCCGCGGCGCGGCACGUGGGCAGCCGCAACCACCGCGACGUUUCCGAAUACCUGGCAUGGGUGCUGGGGCAUCAGCAGCAGCAGGGUAGCGCCGCUGAUGGUUUAGGCGACAGUAGCGUUGGCAGUGGCAGCAAUGCAAUUGGCAGGCCAGCGGCGCCGCUUGCGCCGCCGCUGGGGACAGUGAUGACGGAAGCGACGGCGACGGAGGCGGUGGCCGCAGCCGCAAUUGCAAAGUAUGGGCCGUUGCCGGACUACGCCAGUGAUGACGGCGAAUUGGGCGUCAGUGGGAAGCACAACCCGCGCAAGGCCCGGCACGCACAGAAGAGCAAGGCUAAAGUGGUUGCCUACGUAGACUCGAGCUGCAGCAGCGACAGCAGCGACCGCGAGGCGCCGGCAGCUGGAGGCGGCAAGCGGGGCGUCAGCGCCGGUCGGCGUCAGAGCCAGGGCGGCUUUGGCAGCCGCAGUGGCCUCGGCCGCGUCAGCAGCAUGCGCAUGUUGGCGCAGGGGCCCCGUGACGACGCCAUCACCCUGCUGCUGCACGGCAAGUUCGGCACAGGCGCCGGCAGUGCCGCCUCCACGCCCACCGCCACGGCGUCAGGUCACGUGGCGGGUGCUGCUUGCGGCGGCGGCGGCGCUGCCGCCGCUGCACUACCACCUGCACUGCCCGGUAUUGUGAGCCAGCAGGUCUUGGCUGCAGGCGAGUCCGCGUCUGAGCCAGCUGCUACUGCAGGUGCCGCAAUGACCGGCGGCGGCGCGUCGGAAGCACGGGGCGUCUUCCGGGUGCCUUCUUCAGACCUGCUGCUUGCCGUGGAGCCCGCGUCUACAGCACCACCAGCGUCCCGGGAUGAUUCUGGUAGAGGAGGCCGCGUGGGAGGCGACGGGGCCGUUGGUGCCAGUGGUAGUGCCGGUGCCGGCAACAGCAGCCGGCUGCGGAGUGCCCUGAAGCCGCAGCGCAGCAUGCGCCCUGCUGACGCGGCACCAGCGGCAGCGGCACCGGCGGGUAGCAAUAGCGCCGUUGUGGCAGCCCCGAAUGCGAUCGCACGCGUGGAUUCGACCGCGUCUGUGGGGCGUGGCGCGCACUGGCAGGAUCUGCUGCAAGAGGCCGGCGGCGACCCAGCAGGCGGCAUACACGUGGCCGCGGCGGCAGCUGCAGCUGGCACGACAGCCGGGGCCACAGUCGCUGCGCAAGGCGCUCUGGGCGUCAGCAGCCAUGUGGCAGGCAGCCCCGCCGCCUCCCUGCACGUGCCACAGCCGGCGUUCAGCAGGUCCUCAGCGCCUGUCGUGGGCCCUUUGCCAUCGCCCACGGCUGCAGCCGCAAGCGGGCGCAUGGGCCCACGGCUGUCGGGGGUGGUGCACUCGGCCGGCGAAGAGCGCACUGGGUCUCCAUCCUCGCGUUCCGGGCUACCGCCGCCGCCGCCGAUCCCGCUUGCUGAUGCGGAUGGAGCUACAGCCGCAGCGGGCUGCGCCGCCUCCCCACGUAUGGGCAGCCCUACGCCUGCGGCCCUGUCAGCCCUUCCUGGAGCCGGGUUGGGCGGCGGCGCAGUGGAGUCGGCGCUGCUCCUGGAAGGCGCUGCCAGCCUCUCCAAUGUGGCGGCACCGGUUACUUCGGUUUUUGGCAGGGAGAGCAGUAGUGCUGGUGGCGGCUGUGAUGCAGCGGCGGCGGCAGCGCUGCGCGUGAUUGGCUCGCCUGUACCGGGCCGGCCCGCCGGGGCAGCAGCCGUAGCUGUGGGCCUGAUGCGACAGCCAUCAGAAUCCCAUCCCACCGACCCAUCCGCGUCCGCGCCGCUGCCAAUGCUGCUACCGCCGCAGUCGCCACCGCUGCUACUGGGGACGGCGCCAGCCGUGUCAGUCACUCCCCGGUCCUCGGCUGCGCAGCUACAGGCGCCGCAAUACUACCCGAUGCCGCAGGCACUGCACCAGGCGCCGGCGACGGCAGCGGGACCGACUGGACUUGCGGCAGGUGGUAGUAGCAGCACAACACGGCACGCCGUUGCGUGGGACCGGUCGGUGCCGUCCCCGCGCCAAAGCAUGCGCGGAAGCGCCAACGGCGCAGCGGCCGCAAGCUUGCACACUGCAGCCGCUACCGAUUCCGCACUUGCUGGCGCCACCGCUGAAGGGGGAAGCGAAGUGCUAGCCGUAUCAGCUAGCAGUAAGAGUUUGACGGAAGAGAUGCUGAAGCGAUUGUCGCCUCCCACCCUAACAAGUAUCACUGCUGUGUUAGCUGAUGAUGAGCCCACUUCCUCAGGAGCCAGCGGCGGAGCUCUGUCUGCUGCAAUCGGCGCGUCCACGACAUCACCCUCUGGUGCACCAGCAUUGACGGCUCGCACCGGCGCACAGCUGCCACCGGCAUAGCAACUGACUAAUGCACCUACUCGCGACCAGCAACAGCAUCCAACACCAACGCGGCUGCUCCCCAUGCGCGCAUGGACAGCUUGCCUGCACGCAUUGACCCUUUGUGUUAUCCACGGUAGCUCAUGUAGGCGUUGUCUGCGCCAUGGGCAAGAGGGUGAAGGUUGUGGGCAGUGUGUGGACCUGCACGUGUGGGGUGCGCGUGUGGAGCGCACACCGCCUUACUUUUGAUUGCUUCUCAUGAACACAUGAACCGUGUGCCGCGUAGCAGCGCAGCCUUCAGGGGGAUCGAUGGACGUUUGUGAUCAUCACCAUGCAAUGCUACAGUGUGUAUUGUGACAUAGACUUAUUGCAUAUUCGCGCAUCGGGUGCAGCCCGAGUAGUGCGUGAGUAACUGCCCCUGGCCGUGGCGGCUGAGUCCGCAUGCUCACGCACGUGCACCAAGCCACCACCCUCGGCGUGUUUGAAGGGUUCACAUUAUUCAUUGUGUAUGAUUGCUUUGCAUAUGUGAUACCGCUUUAUCACCAUAGCCUCUGCGUGUCCUUCAUGCGUGUUGUGGACACGGCUGCUGUGCUGCGUGUGUCCCAGACCGCCCCAGUCAUACCGGUAGCCAGGGCCCCCUGCUGAGCGCCCUGGAGCACCCGUGCCCCGUCCCGACCGGCUCCCAUUCCACUUUUACUAGCAGGCCAAUUAACUCGAAACUCAUAAUAGCAUUUCUCGCCUUUACUCUACAUCCUUGACUCUACAACCUUUUAGUACCUGCCAACCCUCACGCACAGAAGACAAGCGGGCUUACGUGCAACUGACGCCUGACUGACGCGCCCUAUGCUUUGCAUUGUGCAUGAAUAGGUGUCCUUUAUACCCCGGAUUGAUGAGUUGCGGCAUGGGAUAAGCGCCUGAGGGGUUGGUUGUGCGUUGGAGAUAGCGUGGGACCUCACGCCGUUUUAGCUUGUCUUUUGCCCUGUCCAGCUUGUUUUUGCCUGUCCAGCUUGCUUAUGUUGUUGACCUUGGAUGAGGACGGUACGGGUGGACGACAUAUUUGCGAAGCAGAAAUAAAUUACACGCGCAGUGAGGGUGGAACAGGCUGGGUGUGCGAUGGGACAGUACCUGACAGUGCAACAGGCUGGGUGAGUACCUUAUAAAUUUACCUCAGGGCCCCGGCAGUUGCGUCAUGCGAAUGCAGCGUGCACCUGAUUGGGUGAUGUUAAUUAUGUUUUGUAACGAAGGCUCGAA